AUGCUGAAAAAGACACUAGAUGAAAAUACGGGGGCGUGUAACCAUCCCCCCCAGAAGGCGAGGUCCAAAUCUGUUUCCAUCUUCUCUUUUUUUAAAAAAAAGAAGAAAAAAAAAAACAAUUCCAAUGGCAGCGUGAUUUCCACAAGCAACGACUCUUUUGAACUUACCCUCGGAGAGGGGAACAGAAAGGAACGGAACGGUAAAGGCUUAAGGAAAAAACAAAAUAUGAUGGAUGAAGAAUCCGUGAUAGAGGAUGGAAAGGCAAAAUGCAAAGACAACGGCGCAAACACAACACAUAGCGAAUACACACAAAAUUACAAUCAAUAUCAAGUGAUGAAGGAUUCUCAUGAAAAAAAGAAAAGAGAAAGCUUUUUCCAAAAAAUUAAUAUAUUACAAAAAUUUAAAAAUUACAAAAAAAAAAAUGCCACCAGUACAUUUCACGCGGGUCCUAACGCAAGCUCAGUAUCAGCUGACGAUGAAGACAGCGAGGAAGAAACGAGAAACUUAAGCAAAAAGGAAAGUAAUAGCCAUGUGGACUACACAAGAAUGUACACCAAUUUGAAGAAGAACAAAGGCUACAACAUAAAAGGCGAAAUAAACAGCUUGAAGCACAAGGCUCAAAUGCUUCGAAAUAGCAUUUAUUCUAAUGGAAAAAAAAAAGCAGAUAAAGGAAAGUUAAUCCAUAAAAAUGUGAACUGCAGUAGUGAAAUUAUUCUUCAAGCAGACGAGAGAGAUUCUUCUUCCUGUGAGGCAAACUCGCUAUUAACAAAUUUUAAAAUGAAAAGUAGCAAAUUGAAAUUUGAUGAAGAGGACUCAGUGGAACAAAUGGGCAAGUGGGGUAGGACGCAAAAGGUGGAAAGAGAGUACAUCUUCGAUAGGAGCUCAGACGUCGAAGUAUGGGAUGAGGGUGCUUUAAGUGACCAGGUGAAGUAUGUCCAGGGGAAUAAUAUUGACGAGCAAGAGGGAUUCAACUCCAACAACAAUGUGAUUGAUUUUAACGAAUACGCUUAUGAGGGGAAGAGAGAAGACGAAGCUUAUUUGGCUGAACGGAGCGGGGUGGAAAGCGUAACUGAUGAGAGGAAAGUUGUCAGAAUUAUUGGAGCAAGGGGUGAACACCUUGAACAAGAUGAACGUAAUGAUUGCCACAAGGGGGGUGCCAAUAUGGAUCGCAAUGUAUGCCACACUGAGAGGGAGCCCAAACGAACAAGUGAAUUCUCCUUCUCAGGAAAUAAUAUAGAAUUGGUGCGAAAAGUGCAGUCAAACAUAAACGAUAACGUGAGGACGAUUAAUAACUACGUGUUGUAUAGUAACCAUAUGGGGGGUGCAAAUUUAGAGGGCCAUAGCAGAACGGAGGUAACAACUACCCAAGAGGGGGAAAUAUUAACUAGCAAAGAAAUAGUAACUACCACUCAUUAUGAUAAACACACGGUGAAUGAAGACAUACAGAAGGGAUGCAAUAUAUCGAAAGGGCACAAUGAUGACCAUCACGCACAAGGGAAAAAUGCAUUAGAGUGUAUUCUAAUCAAUAAGGAAGAAAAUUUAGCACAGAAGGAAAUGAUAAUAAAGUUAAUGUAUAACAAUAAUGGUAUUUAUUUUAACAAAGAUGAAAAUGAGGCAAUCGGUAUUCCUUCAAGACGUGCCAAAACGGCUAAGGUUCCGUCAUACGAUAAAGUGAAUUCCCUUCCGUAUGACAGCAAAUCUGUAAAUGUAAGCAGAAAUGGAAGCACACAAUUGCAUCCCAUUCGGCAAAAAAUCACAUAUGAGAAGGUGAUGGAUCAGACAAAUGGUAAGGAUAAAUUUGCUAGCGUGUGCAAUGAAGGUACACAUAAAAUUUUAAGCAGUCCAAGGGAUAGUAGGGGGCAUUACUGGGGAGGUAAAUCUCAAGGCAGUGUACCAAGAAGGGAUACCCAUUGUUUGGGAAACCUCCAGGAAAAGCGUAACAACGGAAAUGCUAAGGAAGAAAAAGAAGAAAAAACACACCAAAAUGGAACCAUAAAUGGGAAAAUGGAAGGAGGAAAAAAAGACAACAUAAUUAAUAAGUAUCUUAUUGACCCAUUAUAUAAUUUAUUUGUUCAUCCCAAGGAAGAAACGGAUGACCCACCCUUCCAACACAAUAAGGUUAAUUUGUUACCCCCCCAGGGGGGAAAAACGUACACCAACGAAUUGCAAAAAACGUACAAAGCCUUGUAUGAUAUAUAUGACGCCUCAUAUGCACAUGGUGUACAAUACAAAGCACAUCCAAACACAGAUGGAAGGAUGAACGUGAUGCAUCGUGCAUUCAAUCGAAAUAUGGGCGGCAACACAGAAGUGGGUUCCUCCAUAGAAAAUAGGGGAAUUACCCUGAAUAACAAAAUUGAUGGGAGCAAAAUAUAUAUGUGUCCCCUAAAUAGAAGCAAAUCCAUGAAUAAGGAAAAUGCAUCACCCUUUGAGCAUAUUCAAAAGGAAGCCUCUAAUUUGAGAGUCCAAAAUAUCCAACACGGUUAUCUAAAUAAGGCUAGUUUGUAUGAUACACAUUUUAAUACAUUUCAUUUGAAGGGGGAGAGAAGAGAACCCACGUUCAAGGGAAGAGACAAUGGAAACUUCCUCAACAUGAAUGGAAUUGCCAACUGUUAUAAUGGCCCCAUUAAAAACAUGUACAGCCAUCUGGAUCACAAGUUUGUAAGAGGGAGUUACUACCCCCGCCAGGAAUGUCUCGCAAGUAAAUUUAUGGGAAGAAGUUACACUUUCUGUAAAGAGAGCCAAGGGUGUAGUGGCUUCCCAUUGGGGAGGCAGCUAAUUGGCCUUAUGAAAAAGUCCUGUACAUUUCAUGGGUAUCAGAAGGGCGCCCAUGAGGAUGCACAACCACGUGGGUAUUCAGGAUUUCCCCACACGAUAAGCCCUAUGAUGAGCCCUACCGUAAAAGGCGUGGAAAAUCCCAUGACCAUCCCCAUAGCAACCCCCAAGGUGCACACACUGCACAACUAUAGAACGUACUGCCCAAAUGUCGGCGAACAAUCCCACCCGCGCUGGAACCAAGAAUGUAUCGUAAAUAAUGGCGAAAAUAAUUUAGCACAAAAUGGGAACCCUGUUAAGUGCCCCCAAUGGAAUCCAACUAAUGUAGGAACAUCCCUUUCAAACAAAGGAAUUGCCAAUAACUGGAGGCAAAAUAGCAGGAAUAUUAGACACGCCGAACAGGUUAACAGAGGCGGCCCUUAUGCACAGAAUACUAAACAGAUGCCAAGCCAAAAUAUUAGAAAUUGUACCCCUUUUCAGUGUAUGAUAUACGGAGAGGGGAGACCAAAUGGCAGCAGAAACGAUUACAUGAGUAGCAACUUCUACACCCCCGUGGACAGAUUAAAAAAUGAAAAUUUAAGAAGACUACAGAGCUAUUCAUCCAAGUCGAAGGCGCCUAUGUGCCUCUCAAAAAGCCAAGGGCAUGGGGCAAUACAGUCAAACAUGCUCGAUGGGGAUAACAACGGCGGCGUGAUGAAACGGGCAAAGAGUUUAAACCCAGCGAGGUCUUCUUCUGCCCACCCCUGCGAGUUGGAUAUAUAUCAAGAGUGCUACGUACAGAAUGAGGAAGCACAUGAAUUUUUAAAUAAAAACACAAAUGACAACAACGUGGGAGGAGAUCAUAACUGUAUGCAGAGCCAUAGAAUAGAAGACAUAUCCCCCCGUGAUGCCAAUAGGAGUUCUGAUAGCUGCGUCUCUGGUAAAAAAAAUUUAGCGCAUGACUGGAUAAAACCACCAUCGAUUGCUCACAACAGCAGUGUUAAUAUUCGUGGCAAUUUAUCCAGGGGUGAUUCCCAAUUAAGGGAAAACAAACAAACCUUUUUUAGGAGCAAUACAUCGAAUGAACUCAUCCGUGAGAAUUACGCAGUUGAGGGCCCCACGUUUGAGGGAAAAGACAAGAUGAACCAUCCCCCAGGUAGCCAUUCAAAUAACGAUGAAGAUAUUGAAGUCUAUGCUGUUAGUCUGGAGCAGGACGGGGAAAACAGUGUGUUUGAGGUGGACCAUGAAAAUGGAGAAGUUGUUAAUUUGGAUAAGGACCUCUAUGAGAAUUUCACAAAUGAGGAAGAGACUCACCAAAGGAACGACAGUAGCGGUCAUCAGAGUAGCACUGAAAAGGUGGUUAGUUGUGAUGGGAAGUGGGACACUCCAUCUGUUUAUUUCCCGUAUGAGGGGGAAGAGCCUUUAUGGACUGCCCACAACCCUAAUGUAGAAAAUAGUCCCUCUGAGGAUGAAUACAACUGUGAAAAUGGCACCAGCAGUAGCUGUUCAGAUUUUAUAUCGGAGAAGAGACCAGAAAAGGUGAACCACCAUCCUAUUUGCACCGUCGUGCGGCACAAUUUUAGGACACAAGAAGGAAUGGAAAGUCGAGAGAGUUUACAGUCCUCAGUCGAUAAUUAUCUACACAAUUAUCUCAUUCAUAGUGAGCAAAAGAAAAUACUUAAUGGUAAGGGGAAAGACACGAAAUGGACCCACGCCUGUGAUGAAAAAAAAAAUGACAGCGUUUCAUAUGCCCGUACCAAAUGUGAUGGGGGAUCUAAAACGGAAUUAUCACUCUAUAAGGAAACUUAUAAUUCCAAGGAGAGGGAUAUGAAGUUGAAAAAAUUAACAAAUAAGAAAAAUUCUCAAAGUGGGAAGGUGAACCCUAAUUCGGCGAAGAGUAAAAUAUUGCCAAAUGGUCGGAGGGCAUAUGAAGAAAAGAAAAAAAAAGAAGGCGUUGUGAAAAAGGGCAACAGUGCUCUAGCUACAAGUUUGAAAAAGAAAAAAAAGGAUCCCUUAAGUGGAACCGCAAAUGAAAGUAAAGUGAUCAGACAAGUUACUCCAACAAGGAAGGCACCACCAAGUAUCUCCCCCUCAAAGAGGAGCAAAAGUAAACCCACUUCUAAAAAUACAAACAGGCACCAUGGAAGUGAAAGUACAAAACACUUUAACAUAGUAAACACUGUGGAGGAAUCUGUACAGGUUAAUUACAACAUGGGGGGAAAUAAAAUUAAUUACAAGAAGGAAAGCAUCGUAAGUUCCAGCAACUCGGUAUGUAUUGUGAACAAGUUAGAAGAUGAAGUGAUGAAAAUGAGGACGAGGAAAAGGGUCGGACAAAUAAAAAGUAAGAAUAAAGAUUCAAAAGUGGGUGAAGCUUAUUCCAGUACAUCCAUUCAACGGGAAGAUUGUAACUUUGUGGGGUCUUUUUCGAACAGUUCCGUUCCACUAUGGUCAGACUGCAAAUUCGUGGGGUCCUUUUCCAGCAUGUCUAUCAAGAGGGAAAACUGUAGUAUUGAAAAGCGUUAUGCAUACUCGGGUGAGGCACCCUUGCAUAUAAAUGGAGCCCCGCGGAUUGGAAGUAUCCCCAGGAGGUCAGCUAGCGCAAGGGACAGUGUAAAGAAGGUGAAAAUGAUAAGAAAAAAUAGAAAACAUUCGGAGGGGAAGCAAGGAAAGAAGGCCACUGGAACAUCAUCAACGCGUGUGCAAAUUAAAAAAAACGAAACUGCAGAAAAAAAAAAAAAGAAAAAAAAAAAAAAAAACACUUGCACAGAACGGAGAAACGAAUCAGCCAUGGGAUCAGUCGUCGACUUAGCCGGCACGGGGGAGGAAAAUUCAAGCAUAAGGAGGGAACCCCUCUGGGGCCCAAAGAAGGAUACGGAAAAGGGAAACACAGUUAACGCCUUUAUUAAGAGCAACCGAAUGAUUCUGCAGAUAGAGAGUGCAAACAGUAAUUCCAUGUCGAAGGAAAACCUGAAUAAUGAAAAGGGGGAUUCACUAAAUAGCGAAAGUGAUGAUAAGUACAUUUCACGAAAAACGGGCAUGGAACAGACGUCGUCAAAAGGUAUUUUCUAUGAACAAAUUAAACAAAUGAAUUAUAUAUUAAGCAAUAAGAACAACAACAAUUUUUUAAAUCGAAUAAAUUUAAACCAUCUAAUAGCAAUUGAAAAGACAUUUAUCAAUAGAAAUGUGCUCAUAAACAAAAAUGUAAUUACCCUUAGCACCAGGAGUACAAAGGAAGGGAAGACCAAAAGGGGAAGUAGUCCACAUGAAGGCAUUCUCUAUGACAACAAUUUCAGCAUCGUCUAUUUAGAGAAGGAUAUUAUUUACUUGAAGAAAAUUUUUUUAAAAAAAAUUCUGUCCAUAUUAUUAAGUCAGGCUUCCUCAUUUAGGGAAAUAAAAAUAACUAUUCUGUUGUUAUAUUUUUUUGUUUCUUUGGAGGAAAGCAGAGUUAUAUCUCCCAGUGUGUAUCCCCUCAGCCUAAUUAAUUCUUUAAUACAAAAGUUCAACUUGAAAGUGCGCAAGAAGUUAAAACGGGUUGAUGAAGUAGAAGGUGCCAUGCCUGACACUUUUGCUCCGGCGGGUGUGCAGAGCGAUACAUCGAAAAAGGGGCACUACGAUUGCCUCUACAUUUGCGACGGGAAGAACUACCUAUGCGUGAAUGACAACUCUCUCCCGGGGAAAACGUGCAAAACCAAAAUUAAGCUGAACAACCUCAUCGGCUAUUAUCACUACAUCAACUUGAACAGGUUGACGUACUAUCUGGAGCGGGUCAGUAGCGCUUGCGCCAGGGCAGCAAAAUAA